UCCAACUAUACUAUUUGCAAAUUUAGCCAAGGGAACUACGCGAACGUAUACUACCACCGUAGCUGCUUCAAGCAGCUUUUCGACUUCGUGAUCGACUUUCACUAAGGCUUCGUUCUUUGGGCCGGGACGGGUUGACCUUUCAGCCUUUCGUUUCCCCGCCUUUGGAUGUCUAGCCCACACAAUUCGCCUUUUUCUGCCGCUCGUCCGUCUUCCAGGUCUUCGUCGCGGAAUUCCGUGCGUUCUGCACGCGCGCCAAGUCCUGCUUCUUUAAACGAUCCAGUGGCUAUCCGGAAUCAGGUGUCAACCCUGAAACACUCUAUUCGACAGCGGCAGGCUCAGUUACAUUCUUUAGAGAACGUCAUUCUACGUGGACCUCGUCCACUCCCACCCGGCUUCAUGACUUCUUCCACCCAUUCUCGCUAUUCUUCUGAAGAUGUCUUGGACAUCAGUCACCCACCCGUUGCCUAUAAUAACAGCUUCUCCACCCCAAAGAUGCAACGGCGAUCCAGCUUUGACGUCUUGCACGGGUUAGCUGGUCCUGAGUCUAGUCUUCCUCUCCCGAAACGGGAAAGUAUUACCCCCAUCUUAAAAGUAGCGGAUGGCAUUCGCGAAGGUAUUCCUAUGGAAUUUGGCGGCAGCAGUUCGCCUCACAGAGAUUUCUUAAAGCGAACGUCGAGUCCUACCCGUACUCUCAGUCGUAUACCAGUAGCCUCCGUAGGGAAUGCCCGGGCAUUAGCCGAAGACGGUCCGUCUCCGAACCGCAUUUCGCCAACAGAUGCCAGUGCAAUGAACGACGCCGUUGACCCCAAUGCUUCGUCCUCGUCGCUUCAUGCUCCCGCAACUCCGAAUCGUCGAAUUUCGCUUACCCCUGGUGGGACCACGAAAGUUUUGGCAGAUCUUCAAGCGGGAGUAGUAAAUGCUCGAAACGCACUAGAGAACACGAGAGCUCAGCUUCGUCUUUCUCAACGUACUGUGGCUCAGCUAACUCGACAGACGGAAGACUUGAAAGAAAGUCGUGAGCGACUUCGACUUGAAAACGAGGGCCUGAACAACGUGGUCGCUCGUAAAGAAAGGUUACUACAAGAGGUCUUGGAGCGAGCACGAAAGGCCGAAGCUGAGGCCACCACGCUCAAGUCCCAAUUGAAGACCGAGACUGCGACAUCCAAAAAAGCGCUCCGAGAAAUGGAAACCGCUCUGGCAGAAUCGACCGCAUUGUCCCAGAAAUGCGAAAGAGAAUAUAUCACGUUGCGUGACAGCAUCAAAUCUAUGACAGAAAGUUGGAAGCACGAUACAGAUAGACUUAGAGACGAAAUGCGCAAACGCGAGGACAGGCUUAAGAGGGAAGCAGAGUCGGCUGGUAAAAAGUAUGCGCAGUUGGUGGAAGAAGUUAAGGCAGCCCAAGAACAGCAAAUAACUGUCAAAGAUCUUCGCGAAGAGAGCUCCAAGAUUCGACAGGAGGUCGAGGACGAAUUCCGCGAAGAGAUCAAGAAGCUGAGAGGCCAGGUAGGAUUACACUCCCGGCAGAGUGACGAGGCUACCGACACUGCCAGGAUGUUGUCAAGCGAGCUGGCCCGCCUGCGUCGGCUCAUGCAAAUCGGAACACAGUCACCUCAGUCAUUUGAUGACGAUUGUCAGGAUACAAGCUCACUAUCAUGAAAUUCCUGCAUCUUACAUAGCUACCCCACUGUGGUUCACUCCUUUUAACUAUCAUUGUGGUCUGGACUACGUUCAUUUAUGUACCGUAUACACUCCUCUUUCUCUAUAUAAUUCUCUCCCUCGUCGAUACCCAGGGUAUACUUAUCACAUACGUGUGCGCUACCUGACCAGUAAUGACAAAGUGCUAGAAGGCGUUUCAUGUUGAGGACCAUUCUAUAUACCUACAAGGUCUUGAAUUGGGUUUCGAGUCGCACCCAAUUGUGAACACGUCCUCAGUAGUAUGACCAUCUGGCAGUAAUAUUUGGCUGAGGGAAUUGACCCACCCACGAUUCUUGUCACAAGACGCCCAUCUCACCGGUAGUACGCCAAGUUAAUGAAUAUCUAACCAGCGAUGUCGAUCAGUGCCACCCCUACAACCAUCUCGAUAUUAGAGUUGAUUACGUCCUGCAGAA